GGAAUUUAUUUCAGAUGAAUCGGCGUAGUUUACGCCAAAGGCCGAGAAUUAGUUACUACGAACCUGAAGAGCCGAGUUUGGACGAAUAUAUUUAUUGCGAUGGGUGCACCGACUUUGUGUACGAAUACUGUGCGAUUCACGGGCCUUUACUGGUCAUUCCUGAUGAUAAGGUUCCUACCAAAAGUCCCUUCCCGGCCUACGUCCCCCGCGCCGCGCUCACAAUCCCGCAUGUGUUCCUACAUAUAGCACCCUCUAUUAUACCAGGCGCUGGUCUGGGUAUAUUCAGUACUCUGACUCUUCCACGCGGCGUUCGCUUCGGACCGUACUGCGGAGUUCGCACGCAAAAUGUCGACUCCAUGUAUUGUUGGCAGAUAUACGAUAGAAACGGCAAAAGAUCUCACGUAGUGGACGCGGAGGAUGGUAAUCGGUCCAACUGGAUGCGUUACGUCAACUGCGCGCGGAACUGGCGGGAACAAAACCUCUUGGCUUACCAAUAUCAAGGGCAGCUUUAUUAUAGAACUAUCAAAAUAAUCCCUCGCUUCACGGAGCUACUAGUGUUCUACGGCAGCGAGUUCGCGAACACGCUGCAUAUCAACCUGAGCAAGUAUAACGCGCCUCCGGGAUAUGCUCAGAAAUUCGGUAAGUAUUAUCCUCAUCAUCCUCCGAGCCUUUUCCCAAACUAUGUUGGGGUCGGCUUCCAGUCUAACCGGAUUCAGCUGAGUACCAGUGCUUUACAAGAAGCGACUGCCUAUCUGACCUCCUCAACCCAUUUUAGAAAAAAAAUUCAUUUAAUAACGCACAUUCGUACACACACUGGUGAGAAACCUUAUAAAUGUGAUAUUUGUCCGAGUAGUUUUAGUGAGAAGGGUAGUUUAAUAAGACACAUUCGUACACACACUGGUGAGAAACCUUAUAAAUGUGAUAUUUGUCCGAGUAGUUUUAGUCUAAAGCAUCAUUUAAUAAGACAUAUUCGUACACACACAGGUGAGAAACCUUAUAAAUGUGAUAUUUGUCCGCGUAGUUUUAGUCAAAACGCACAUUUUAGAACACACAUUCGUACACACACUGGUGAGAAACCUUAUAAAUGUGAUAUUUGUCCGAGUAGUUUUAGUCAAAACGCACAUUUUAGAACACACAUUCGUACACACACUGGUGAGAAACCUUAUAAAUGUGAUAUUUGUCCGAGUAGUUUUAGUCUAAAGCAUCAUUUAAUAACACAUAUUCGUACACACACUGGUGAGAAACCUUAUAAAUGUGAUAUUUGUCCGAGUAGUUUUAGUGAGAAGGGUAGUUUAAUAAGACACAUUCGGACACACACAGGUGAGAAACCUUAUAAAUGUGAUAUUUGUCCGCGAAGUUUUAGUAGAAAUUGUUAUUUAAGAACACACAUUCGUACACACAAUGGUGAAAAAUGUAAUAAAUGACACAGAAAAGUCUAAUAAAUGAUACA